UAUAUAUAAAAAAAAAUACUAAAAGCGUGGAAGAGAAAGAGAGUCCACGGUGAAGCAGCAUCUCCUCUCCUCUACCCUGGCGAUGGACAGCGUUUACGGUUCGUCUCCGCCGUUUCAGGGCGGACCGUUCGGCCACCCGCGUCAUUUUUACCUCGCCGUUGACAGGCUCAACUUCAAAAUGCAAACGGUAAUCGAACUCGUGGAUCUGGUCGCUCGACGUCCAUCCUUGCCAAUCGUGGUCUGUUGCAGCACGCGCGACGAUCUCGACUCUCUCUGCUCCUCUCUCUCCACUCUCCCCUUUGUUUCCUCCUCUGCUCUGUACAGUGAUCUCGCUGAAGAUGAACGCGCUUUUCUUUUAGAGAAAUUUCAACAGGUAACAGCACGGUGGAACCAGUCGAAUCAGGGUGGAGCGCCAAGCGAGGAUGAGAUUGGGAAAGACGAGAAGUCUCAUAUGAUCAUUGUAACAGACUCCUGCCUCCCUCUCCUUUCUUCUGGCGAACUUCCCCUGAAUGCUCAUCUUCUCAUUAACUACGAGUUACCGGCAAAGAAGGAGACAUACGCUAGGCGAUUGGCAGCUUGUUUAACAUCCGAUGGGAUUGUUAUUAAUAUGGUGGUUGGGGGGGAAGUGGUGACUCUGAAAAGUAUCGAAGAGAGCAGCAAUAUUGUCAUGCAAGAGAUGCCUAUGCGAAUUCUUGACGUUUUAUGAAGAUCUUCAGUCUUUGCUCUUUCUCGAAGAAAGCAAAAUUUGAUCGCUUGCAUUCAUGAAUGUUUGAAGACAUGAGGCUUGCUCAUUUCUUCGAAUAUUAUGGGAGUGGUCACUAGCCAGUGCAGCAAAAAAAUACUGAUUUUUUAUUACUAUUUUGGAUUUGUAGAUUUUCAUUCUAGAUUACAUCUUUUAUUGGAUGUUUAAAAUUAUAACACAGAAAUUUGGUAGAAAUGACAAACUUCUUAUUCUUCUCUUUUCUUGGAGAUAUAAUUGUAAUUUAUAGUUUAACAUUAUAGAAGUGGUAUUUGAGGGGGGAGGAA